AUGGCUGGAAACUGGCUCAAGACAAAGAAAGCAGGAGAGGAGGUCAAAUCUGCCCACGACACCCCAGCAGAAUGCCAGUUUAGAGACCCUGAUCCCGAACCCUCCGAGCUCCUGAUUCCUAGGGGCGAGACCUCAUCGCCCCCUCCCAUCGCCCAUGCCCAUGGCGCCGUGAAGGUGACCUCCCCCGGGGGCAGCACACGGUCCGCGGUGCCCGAGCGGGCUCACACGUGCGCCAAGGCGCGGCCCCGCCCCCCCGGCAGUGGCGGUGGCGGCAGCCGGCUCAAGCCCGGGCCGCAGCUGCCUGGCCGCGGGGGCCGCCGAGCAGCGGGCGGGCCUUUGGGGGGCAGCACGGCGGCGCCCGAGGACGACGACGAGGACGACGACGAGGAGCUGCUGGAAGUGCGCCUGGUCGAGACCCCAGGGAGGGAGCUGUGGAGGAUGGUCCCGGCGGGGCGGGCUGCCCGGGGACCAGCGGAGCGCGCCCAGGGGCCGUCGGGCGAGGGGGCGGCUGUCACCGCCGCUUCCCCCACUCCGUCGGAGGACGAGGAGCCAGAGGAAGAGGAGGAGGAGGCGGCAGCGGCGGAGGAAGGCGAAGAGGAGACGGUGGCGUCGGGGGAGGAGCCGCUGGGCUUUCUGUCCAGACUGCCCCCCGGCCCCGCUGGCCUGGACUGCAGCGCCCUGGACCGCGACCCGGACCUGCCGCCCCCCUCGGGCACGUCGCAUUUCGAGUUCCCGGACUACUGCACCCCCGAGGUUACCGAGAUGAUCGCGGGGGAUUGGCGCCCGUCUAGCAUCGCCGACCUGGUUUUCACCUACUGAGCCCACCGUCAGCGGGGUGCGCACGCCCCCAAACCAGCUGUUUACAUACAGGAAUCAGGUAUUGGGGCCCCUCGGAGGCCGAGGCUGGCACCCCAUCUCCCGCGCAGCCUCCCCCCCUCCUAGACGUGCCCAUCCCCCUCAAAUCCAGACAUGCCCCUCCCCCGCAGACACACCCCAAGGCAGCCCAACCCCCAUUCUUUCCCUGACAUCCAAGCCCCACCCCGUCUUGCCCCCUCCCGCACAGCCACCAGCAGCCAGCCCCCCUCCUUUACACCUCCCGUCCACUCCUACAGACCUGCACCCCUCCCCCACCUCACACACGCCCCUCCUCGUGGCCGGAGGACACGCCCCUGCCCUUGCUCCUGAAUCCCUCCGCCUUCGCCUAGCCCGCCUCCUCUCUUGUUUAGGGGGACGCUGCGGCUGGGCGGCAUCGCGCGCUCCUCCCAUGCCCCCCCCUUCCCCCCUCGCGAGCGCAGGGGCCCGCCCCCUUCUCGCGCAUGCUUGAUGCUUCUUGGGAGGAGGGGGCCGGUCCCAGUCGAACCGCACGCCUCUGUGGCCCGCUCCGGGAAGAAGUGGGGUGGGUGUUGAGCGAUCCUGAGAAAUCUUUUGAUCCGGGAGCCGCGGCUUCUUUUCAACCCGACGGGGCGUCACUGCCUUAAUGGGAGGAGCAGUAGGAAGGGGGAGAAAGAGACUAGCUGGCCCGGAAGGGUUUGGUUUGGAGCUUGGAACUUUCUCUGGUGGCAUAGCCCCUUUUCCUUGCGGGGUUGCCCAGACUGACGAGCACCUCCUCCUCCACUCCACUCCCCCCCCCCCCCCCCGCCUAAACAUACACCGCUAGACUGCUUCUACAGUCUACCUUGGUGCCAGAAACCUCCCUUUUCUUUCCCCCACCUGGUAACUCGGAAUAGGGCCUUCAUCUGGAACCGCACCACGAGAGGACUGCCCAAGAAAGCUCCGAACUAAGGCGUUUAUCAGUCUAUUUGGGGACAGGGUUCUUGCUGCUCCCCACCCCCUUUCCAAGUGCCCCAUCACGUCAGGGCACAGGCCUAGCCUGGGCUCCUCCCUAUACUCACCACUCCUUUCUAUCAUUCAAGUGCUGUGCUCACGAUGACAGUAUUCAGUGGGAGAAACUGAGUCACGUUGGUGCAGGGUGGGUGUUGAGACUGAGGCAUGAUAGCAGCCGGCGUGGCAAGAAGAGCCCCCCUUUUAAACAGCUGGCUUAAGAGAGACUAUCGACUGGGCCUGUGAGACUGAAGGGACGGUCAGAGUAGUGGAGGUGUGCCGUUUGCGCCUGUGUUGCCAUGUGAAAACGGGAUAGCGCUGCUGUCGGAGGAGGUUGUGUUCAGUUCCGGGGUGCCCUCGGGAACCCUGCCCCUCUUAUUCCCCAAGUCUCCGCUCAAGUCCCGCCCCUCCGGCCUUCCCACGCCCCCUUCUGCCCUCACUACCUGUAUCUCACCGGCGUGUGUUCACCCUCCCGGGUGUGCACACACUCUCAUUCACACACACACAAAUCUCAGGAACAAACGGUCCCAGAGUCCUCCUGGACCCCUGCCCAGGGUCUCCGCAGGUCUCUGCCCCACGCGUUCCCGUCGCUGACAAAGCCACCAGCUGCCUCCUUUAAGCUUGGUGCUCCUGCUCUGGGCCUUUCUCGCGCUCUGUCUCUCUUUCUCUUUCUCUCUCUUUUCUUUCUUUCUUUUUUUUUUUUAAGAAAAAUAACAACAACAAAAAGACAAUGAAAAAACCCAGAAAACGUCAUGUGAGUGAAGAGAUGUCACUGUCUGUGGUCUUGGAGAACUAGUCUAGUAGCUGAGGGGAGGGGUCCCUCUGACCUGGGGCACUGGCACCCACAGCAGGACUUCUGCCAGUCUGAUGCCCGGACUGAAUAAAGUGUAUUUGCCCCGACCUUGCCCUGUGGUUCUACAUGUCUGUGCCUUUCCUCAACCCUCCCCCAGACAGUUUGCCAGAGGGAAGUCCAUGUGACUUAGCACCGUGCAGGAAGAGCGGGGGUCCUCUGUCUCCCUCUAUCUCAGGACUCCCUGGUCUUCAUUAAGGAUGACAAACUCAUCCCCGCAGGGCCAGACAUGUGACAUAAAUGAGAGAGUCUGGGUAGACACUGGCUUCGUGACCGACCUCAACGGGGGCAGCAGCUCCCCUCAUGCCAGUUGUGACCUUGUGAGAAUGCAGCCCACGGUGGCCAGAUUGUUCCAGAGAAGGUAGAAAUCUGGAUGUUUCUCAAUUGUGAAAUGAAAGUUGACUCAAAUAUUUUUAAAUCCUUGUGGACCGAAUGAAACACGUGUGCAGGCAUACCUACCUGGUCCAGGGGGGCCAGUUUGACCCUGCCCUUAAUGAGAAGUAAGAAGGGUCGGGCCACAUUGUCUGGGCUCAAAAGCCCCCGUACCACCACCACUGAGAACCCGUGUGACCUUGAGCAAAUUCACUUCACCCUGACUCUUCUCUUCAUAGGAGUAACAUGAGGAUGGUAACUACCUGCUUCAGGGUGAAAUGAAGUUUGAGGUGAGAAGCAUUUAAUAAGAUGCUCCCUAAAGUGUAUUACCCCAUUGUCCAGAGGAGGAAACAGGAUCAGGGUGGCAAAGCAA